GGCGCAUCGAUAGUAGACACAAUCGAUAUUUGUUUACAUAUAAUUCAUAUAAUUACAAAAUGAUGGAUUAUGAUGAAGAUUCAAGUUUAUAUGAUCUUUUUCAAGUAUCUUUGACUAAUGAUAAUCUUUUUAUGAUUGGGACAAGCGUUGAUACGGGUUUUGAAUGGCAAGCAGUAGAUGAAUGUAAAGAGAAAUUAGAUAAAAAUCUACAUGUUGUUAAACAACGUGGAAAGAUUUAUUUCAACGUUAAUUUGGACAAUUUAAUCAAAGUACAAGAAAUGAGAUCGAUUGACAAUAUAUUUAUAGUUGGAAGCGUACUCAGAUUAAAGUUCGAUGGUACUAAUAAGGAAAAUGAUUUAAAAUUAUGUAAAGAUGCUACACGAAAUGAUCUAAAGUUAGAGAAAGCGUUGAAUGCAUGGAAGAAUGUUACACAAUUUCCAGGAAAAAUGUAUCCAACUAUUAACGAAUAUGAAGAAGCUAUAAGAAAUGAAAAAAAUGUUGAAUGUGUAAAAUCUAACAAUUCUAAAAUUAGAAAAAGAGGACAAAAUCCAGCUAACGCGUAUAAUGAAGUUUUAAGAUAUAGAGUAACUUGUGAAAGAACUGGUAAACAUAGUUUUGAAUCUCCUGACGCUGCUAAAAUCAUAGGAGGAGAAUUACAAGAUAAAUAUCACUGGCUAGUCGAUUUAUCUUUGUAUCAUUUGGAGAUAAUCUGUAAAAUAGUUCAAAAUGAGAUAGUAACACAACUACGUAUUACACACGAAUCCAAGCAUCAUAGAAAUAUCAUACAUUUUGGACCGACUACGCUCCGAGCUACCAUAUGUUAUAACUUAUUAAGAUUGGCGCAACCAAAUCCAGGAGAUAUCAUAAUUGAUCCUAUGUGUGGAAGUGCUUCUAUUCCUAUCGAAGGAGGAUUAGUUUAUGGAAGUUCAUACAUAUUAUGCGGAGAUAAUCAUUCAAAGGCUGUGCUGAGAUCUAAAUCAAAUAUAGAAAUCUCCUGUCCUAAAUCUAAAGUUGAUCUAACACAAUGGGAUGUUUGUUAUUUACCGCUCUUAAACAAUUCUAUCGAUAUUGUUGUCACCGAUAUGCCUUUUGGGAAACGUAGUGGCAAUAUGAUGGAUAACAGAGUACUUUAUAAACAAUUCUUACUACAAUUAGGACGAGUUGUGAGAUGUAAUACUGGUCGAUUAGUAUUGCUAACCUAUGAUAAGCGUAGCUUUAAUCUAUCAUUACAAGCAGCUGCUGAUUUAUUCAAAGUAACAAAAAUGUUAGGUGUUAACAUUGGAGGAUUGGCUGCUGUUGUAUAUGUAUUAAAACGAACACGUGUAGAAUAUAAAUAAUUCUAAUGAUAUAUAAGAAUAACAACAAAAUA